CCGCCGUUGAGGCAGCUCCGGAGGGUCCCGGCGGAUCCCGAGGAUCCCGGUGGAUCCCGAGGAUCUCGGUGACAGCGGGGGCGGCCCCGGGAGCGGCCCCUUCGUGCCCUCAGCGCGUCCCGGGGCGCUGGGCGCGGCCCUCACCCCGCGUUGGCUCCUCCUCGCCGGUAUCCAGGGACGCGGCUCCGUUGCUGAGGGGCUCCGCCGGGCCCGGCCAUGGUGCGGCUGCACGUGAAGCGCGGCGGCGAGAGCCAGUUCCUGCUGGAGGCGCCGGGCAGCGCCCGCCUGGCAGAGCUGGCGCCGCUUGCCGCCCGCAUCCACAACGGGCGGCUGAAGGUGCAGCGCCUGUGCUCAGAGAUGGAGGAGCUGGCAGAGCAUGGUAUUUCCUUGCCUUACAAUAUGCAAGGACUGACAGAUGAGCAAAUUGGAGAGCUGAAGUUAAAGGAUGAGUGGGCAGAGAAGUGUGUCCCAAGCGGUGGGAGCACCUUCAGGAAGGAUGAAAUGGGACGGAGAAAUGGGCACGCUCCAAAUGAAAAAAUGCAGCAGGUUAUAAAGAAGACAAUAGAGGAAGCCAAGGCAUUAAUCUCUAAGAAACAAGUUCAGGCCAACGUGUGUAUUAAUAUGGAGAUGGUGAAAGACGCGUUGGAGCAGCUCCGAGGGGCUGUGAUGAUUGUGUAUCCAAUGGGAUUGCCUCCACAUGAUCCAAUUAGGAUGGAGUUUGAAGAUAAAGAAGACUUGUCAGGAACUCACGCUGGACUUGAAGUUAUAAAAGAAUCAGAAGCACAGUUAUGGUGGGCAGGAAAGGAGUUGCAAGAAACAAAGUUGCUGUCUGACUAUGUAGGAAAAAAUGAGAAAACAACCAUCAUUGUCAAGAUCCAGAAAAAAGGACAAGGAGCUCCAGGGCGUGAGCCUGUGAUUAGUCAUGAAGAGCAAAAAGAGAUGAUGCUGUAUUACUACAGAAAGCAGGAGGAGCUGAAGAAACUGGAGGAGGAUGACAACGACUCAUUUCUAAAUGCUGAGUGGGCAGACAACCAUGCUUUGAAAAGGCAAUUUCAUGGUGUAAAAGACAUCAAAUGGGGUCCAAGAUGAAGCUCUGCAAACCCCUUCUUAAGCUGUUUGGUCAAUACUCUUGUUUGCAGAGAGGAUUGUGUGCAGUAGGUUCUUCUGUCAGAAGCUGAAAUUGUCACUUCUGUAGCCUUGGGUGUUCAAUAAAAGUUGACAUGUCUCUGUAACUCCAGCAGCAUUUGUCUCUUCAAAGAAUUGAACCAAUUCUCUUGAAGUUUUGUAUUUUAUUAGAAACUUGUAAUUUGAAUAUUGAAAUGUUAAUCCAUUUCCUAGAUAACAGAUCUAGUAAAUAUGCACUGGAAUGUU